GAUGGGGCGAAAAGGCCUUACGAAGAAGCAGAAACAGGGGAAUUCUGCCAAUUAACAAAAUAGAUGCUGUAUUAAUUUCUCCUUUAGGAUUAAUUACGUUCCUGAUGAUCGUCAAUGCCGGGUUAUUAGAUUUAAAAGGAAUCUUCACGGCUAAAUCUCUUGAGAAAGUUGUCCGACCAUAUAUGGCCAGGCGGUAUUAA